AUGGCGCGAACCAAGCAAACCGCAAGAAAAUCAACCGGCGGCAAAGCCCCACGCAAACAACUAGCGACAAAAGCAGCUAGAAAAAGCGCUCCAGCCACCGGUGGCGUUAAAAAACCACAUAGAUACCGACCGGGCACUGUAGCGUUGCGUGAGAUAAGAAGAUAUCAAAAAAGCACCGAACUGUUGAUAAGGAAGUUGCCUUUUCAGAGAUUAGUAAGAGAAAUUGCUCAAGACUUCAAGACGGAUCUUCGCUUUCAGAGUUCAGCGGUGAUGGCGCUGCAGGAAGCGAGUGAAGCGUAUUUAGUUGGGCUGUUUGAAGAUACUAAUCUAUGUGCAAUCCACGCAAAGAGAGUUACUAUAAUGCCAAAAGAUAUUCAGUUGGCGCGAAGAGUGAGAGGAGAAAGGGCGUAG